UGUAAUUUUCAACUCAGUACCAAACGAAACCUUUCAACUAACAUUUGAAAUUAAUCUAAUCAUAUCAUUUCAUAAUAAAAAAAUAAAAAUGGCUGCAGUUAGUGAUAGCAGUCCUGGUAAAGAUGGUAUCGAACUUCAAAACAAAGCAAUCAAUGACAAAGAUAAGCCCGCGCAAGAAAAAGACACAUCUGAUUCCGUUGAUAAACCACCGACACCACCCAAGAGGGACUACAACAUUGAAACCAGUGCCAUUAAAAGUGAAAACCGCCGGAAGAAGGUUUCGUCAUUCUUUCCCAGACCAGAAGUCAUUUAUUCCCCGGAAACAAGUCGGUCAUCAAUGACUUGUCUCAGGAAUUGCUUGGUUAUUUUUAACUUGCUAAUAUGGCUUUUCGGGGCAGCCCUGACUGGCUUGGGCUUGUGGAUCAGGUUCGAUCCGGAGUUCUUGGAAAUCCAAACCGGGUUGAAAGUGACGCAGUUCACCAGCGCAGCCAUCACGCUCAUCGUGGCUGGUGUCGUCAUCAUGGUGGUGGGAUUCAUCGGAUGCUACGGGGCCAUGGCACAGAAAGUGUGGAUGCUCAUCAUUUUCUCAGUUAUCAUCGUCAUUGUGAUUCUAAUGGAACUUACAGUCAUGGGAAUCGUCUGGUCCGCUGUGUCCAAUAAAAAUAUGCAAGAAGACAUAAAAGCGCGUGCCAAAGAGGCUCUGCAAAAGAUGGACGAAAACAAAGCAUUCCGUCGAUUAAUGGAUUUGAUGCAGAUAAAGCUACACUGCUGUGGCGUAAAUGGUCCUAGUGAUUACAACUUCGAAGAAGAUCGAAUAACGCCCAUACCGAAAUCUUGUACGAAUGAAAAGUCCCUACAACCCUAUGAAAAAGGUUGCGCAGAAGCAGUUAUUGAUUACUUCAAAAGUAAAGCCGCCAUUCUAGGUGGUAUUGCUCUUGCUGUGUUUAUUUUACAACUUGCAGUGUUGGUUUUCACAAUUUGUGUCAUUUGUGGAAUCAAGCACGCAGCAACAAGCAGUGUUUUUUAAAAACAGUCGUAACCAUGCCUGUUAAAUCAUUCCUUUUCAUGUUCCUGUAUUAUUUUUUAUCUUAAAAUAAAGUGUUUUUAUUCAU